AUGGGCAGCGUCACGAACGGCAUGAAUGCCCACUCGUCCCUAGAGGACUUGCAGACCGAUGAGCAGCGUCGGGUUCUCGACACUGUCUCCAAAGUGCGCAAGUGUGGACUUGAAAGUGUUCUUUCCUUGCCCCAAAUUGUUGUUUGCGGUGACCAGUCCUCGGGAAAGAGCUCAGUCCUAGAGGCUUUGACCGAGAUUCCGUUCCCCAGAAACGACAAUCUUUGCACUCGCUUUGCCACGGAGAUCAGUCUUCGCCGAGAGCCUACAAGCAGCCUGGAUCUAAAAAUCAUCCCAGAUGAGAAGCGUCCCAAGCCCGAGCAAGAGAAGAUGAAGAGCUUCUCCGAGUCCAUCACAGACCUCAACGAGUUGCCAUGCAUCAUGGGCAAGGCCAUGAGCAUCAUGGGUAUCUCUGAUGGCCGGAGCGCCUUUGCUGAGGACACCCUUAGUGUUGAGAUCCAGGGCCCCGAUCGUCCUCACCUCACCUUGGUGGACAUCCCAGGUAUCAUUCAAUCCUCGACCAGAGGAGUAACGAAUGCCGAUGUGGUCAAGGUCGCAGGCAUUACAGAGCGCUACAUCAAACAACACCGCACGAUUUGCCUUGCCGUAGUUUCCGCCACCAACGACGCUGCCAACCAGCCCAUUCUUCAGCAGCGAACUCUGGGCGUCAUCACGAAGCCAGACCUGUUGAGUGCUGGCUCAGGCUCGGAGACCAAGUUCCUUGAGCUCGCUCGCAACGAGGAUGUCAUUUCCAAUCUAGGUUGGCACGUUAUCAAGAACCGAAAAUUUGAGGAGCACGAAUUUUCAAUUGAUGAGCGCAACCUCUCGGAGAAAAUCUUCUUCUCUACAUCCAAUUUCAAAACACUGCCCAAGGAGAAUGUCGGCGUCGAAGCCCUGCGGGUGAAGCUGAGCCAGCUGCAAUUUGAGCACGUCAAGAAUGAACUUCCACGGCUGCAGGCGGACCUUGAAAAGGCUCUAAAGUUUUUCUUCGCAGACCUCAACUUGAAAUCUUUCGAGCUGUGCAAAGCCGGCGUAAGUGGCCACUACGAGAAUGAUUGGUUCAAGGAGGGCAAGUCUCCCCUGAAGGACUGUGACAUUCCAAUUCGCCGCCUACGAGCCAUCAUCCAGUGGGCAAACACCAAGUUUGCCGAUGAGUUCCGUGAGAGGGGUCACAAGUACGAGAUUGAUUUCAACAAGUCCAAGUCCGUAUCGUCAAGCACUCCAAAGGUCCUUUCCAAGAAAGACGCCCUGAAAUGGGUGAAGACGGUCCUCCAACGUGCGCGAGGCACCGAGCUUCUCGGGACAUUCAACCCCAACAUGGUUGCAGAGCUAUUCUGGGAGCAGUCGGAGGCCUGGGAAAAGCUUUCAGUCGACCACAUCGAGAGCGUCGCUAAAAUGUGCGAGCUGUUUGUGUCCGCCAUUUUGACUUCCAUCACGCCAACGAACAUCAAGUCUCGUGUUUGGUCCUCACUCGUUGCCCCUGUCCUACAGCAGCGCUGCAAGGACGCCCUGAGUGAACUGGACAAACUAUUGGCUGACUCCAGGGACUUUCCCAUUAAUUACAAUAACUAUUACACUGAAAGUGUGCACAUCAAGCGCCAGAAGCGGAUGCUAGAGCAGUUGGGGGACUAUGCGAACGAGGACGUCGACGACGAAGAAUGGAUCGAGACCUCCGCCAAGGACGUAGUCAAGAAUGCCGUAUCCAAUUGGGGCAACUCUACCACUGCGGACAUGGAGGAUUUCAGCUGCGAGGAAGCCCUCGAUUGCUUGCUUGCCAUCUACGAGGUUCAGCAAAAGACUUUCAUCGCCAAUGUCACGACCCAAGUCGUCGAGCGGCACAUAGUCCGCGGUCUGCACAACAUGUUCUCGCCCCUGGUCGCCCUUGAUAUCCCAACCCCCAAGAUUGAGAGCAUGGUUUCUGAGCCCCCGGUUGCGAAGCGGCAGAGGGACUUCCUGACUGACCAGGCCGAGAAGCUGAGAGAGGGCAACAGAAUCUUCCGUGGUAUCACCAGGGGUUAA